CACUGACAAGCAUUUUUGAAGCUGUAUCAUAGCACAUAGCUUCUGGUUUUACAGAGAGUAGACAGAGAGUAAUCAGCACAAUGAAGUUUACUUUGGUGUUCGCCAUCCUGGGGGCUCUGCUUGUGGCUGUCAAUGGUCAAUUCCGCAGGCCUACCAAGGUGAGCACUCAGUGCUGCACUAAAGUUAGCAAUGCCGUCAUCCGCAACAUCACAGAGGCCAAGCCCCAGAGUGCUCUGGCUCCAUGUGUAGAGGCUAUUCUCUUUAUCACCAACGAUGGCAAAAAGUUCUGCACCAAUCCAAAAGCACGCUGGGUAAAGGGUGCCCUGAAAGCACUGAUAAUGGCCACAAGACUGGAGGUCGAUACUACUUCACCCUGAAAGUGGAAACAGUGAAAUGCAUGUUGAACAUCUCAAAAUUAUAUAAAAACUGAAUAUCACUGUAUCUCUUUCCUGACUUUUAACAAAAUGCGCUUAAUAGAUUUGUUUCUCACAUGUGCUUAUGCAUGCACACUCAUGCUCACACUUACACUCAAACACACACACACACACACACACACACACACACACAUACAGUCUUACAUUAAAGGUUUUUUCUUAUACAGAUACUUUUCAUGAAGUGAUUAUUGAGAGUAGAGAGAGUAAGUAUUUUGCAAUAUCCAGUUCCUCAAACACACUUACUAUAUGUAUAUGCGUAACCUAUAUUCAAGUUCAAGUUCGAGUUCAAAGUUUAUUGUCAUGUAAUAAAUAAGCAUUUAUGAAUAUUGAAA